CCCCGCCAACCACGCCGCGGCGAGGCAGUCCCCGCCAGCCACGUACGGCAGAGAUAGGAGUUGGGUCGGCUUGGCGCGGCGUUUACAAAAAGUGAGACAGGUACUGCGGCACGGUCGGCUGUGCUUUUGUUACAAUGGACCGGCCUGCUGCGUCAUGCCAGAAUGCGAAGGACACUACUGCUAGCCGAUGCGGUGGGCUCUCGUAAGCGCUGCGUCGUAUUGUUUCCUAAGCUAACGACGCAAACUGAUACAGGCCUGAAGAUCAAACUCUUAUGGAGGGACUAGAGCUCGCCGUCGCACGCUUACAGGACGUACGUCCGAUGAGUAUUUUAUUCUGGCAAGCUUUUCUCGCUCGUAGGCAAAUCCAGUGGUAGUUAGCACCGCCUUGGAAUAUUUAGUCAAGGAAGUACGGAAUGCAACCUCAUCAAUGACUUCGGUGCCCAAGCCAUUGAAAUACUUGCGUCCGCACUACGAUACUCUGAAACACUGUCACGCUAUGGCGAAGGAAUCAGUGCCAUCAAAGAAGUUGAUGGCAGAUCUCCUUGCUGUCUUGGCAAUGACCAUGUCGGAGCCAGGUUCACACGAGAUCCUCCAUUUUAAAAAGCAGGGAACCAUCAAUGACCUUGGCAGCUGGGGCCACGAAUUUGUGAGGGCGCUCGCUGGGGAGCUUGGGGCUGAAUACACGGCAAGGCAAUUAAGUGACAAGAAGGGAAGAAAGGACAACUUCACCGCGGAUCUUAUCAGUCUUGUUGAUGAAAUCGUCCCGUGCUUGCCCGCGCUGGUGAUUAGGACUCUAGUUUCACAGUAUACUUGGCUCAGGUUUCAUCUGCAACACAAUGCAUACGCAGAAGCAGUUGAUCUUCUUAUUGAGACACAGAGUAUAUCUAAACUUCUAGGUAACUACCCACUGCGGCCUGAAAAGACCCUAGUGGAUGAUAGUAACUUCAAAAGGGUCUGUCUUUAUUUGCUGCGGUGUGGAACAUAUAUCGCAGAUCCAGACGACCUUAAGUGUUUGAGGCAGAGUGCAUUCCAGAUUUACCGGCGGCAUGGCUAUUGCUCCGCUGCCUUGGGCGUUGCUUUAAAAAUGGGAGAUGAUGAUGAGGCCACACCAUUCAACACACGAUGUAAGGAGCUUUUUGAUACGACGGACGGUCUGAUGCGUAAGCAGAUGGCAUUCUUGCUUGCGCGGCACCAUAGCAACUUUGAGUACGUUGAAGAUUUGGAAGUUGAUGCAAUCAUUGGGAAUAAUAAACUGAAGUCCUACUAUGCGCAAAUUCCGUGUUUGCCAGGUUUCACCUUUGACGUGAAUAGCACUUUAGGCUGACCUUGGGCGAGACCUAGAUAUUCUUGAUGCGAAGACACCUGAAGAUAUAUACAAAAGCCACCUUGGGGACUCCGCAUCCUCGCGUGCAUCCAGCACAAGUGCACCCAAUGUAGACUCCGCCCGAGCAAACCUCGCCGCAACAUUUGUCAAUGCCUUUGUGAACGCUGGUUUCUGCAAGGACCUUCUCAUGACCCCUGAUGGCAAUACAUGGUUGUACAAGAAUAAAGAGCAUGGUAUGCUAGCCGCUGCUGCAUCUCUAGGGAUGAUAAUGAUGUGGAAUAUAGAAGAGGGCCUAACGAUUAUCGAUAAGUUUUUGUACAGCAACGAGGAAUAUGUCAGGGCCGGUGCUUGCCUUGCUAUCGGCAUUGUUUCGUCUUCAAUUCGUCACGAGUCGGACCCACCUAUUGCUCUCUUACCUGAGCACGUUGAAUCUUCUUCUUCCAUUAUACGCUCAGCAGCUAUUGUUGGUCUUGGUGUUGCAUACGCUGGCUCUGGUCGAGAGGAUGUGCUUGAUACUUUAGCGCCUAUAAUUACAAACUCCGAUGCCAUGAUUGAAGUAGCCUUUGCCGCUGUCAGUCUUGGUCAGAUCUAUACUGGGACAUGCAACUCGGACAUUGCAUCCCUGAUUGUGCAGAAACUGAUGGAGGCGUCUGACGCCAGCCUUGAAAUAUCGGAGUCAAAUUUCCUUGGGCUUGGGCUUGGCCUCUUAUUCUUUGGUCGGGGCGAAAAAGGAGACGCAAUGCUUGAAGUCCUAAAGACGAUAGAGCACCCUGUGGGCCUUUGCGCAUCGGUCACCCUUGAAACUUGUGCAUAUGCUGCCACGGGUGAUGUGCUGCAAAUCCAGAAAAUGCUUCACAUUUGCGCGGAACAACGUGAUUCACCUUUGAUAUUCCCUGGGUCGGUAGAAACAACAGAAAAUCAGUCAGCAGCACCUAAAAAACCUAAUCUCGUAGCCAGGCAUCAGUCCAUGGCUGUCCUUGGCAUCGCGCUCGUGGCAACUGGCGAAGAUAUCGGGGCAGAAAUGACUUUGCGUACUUUUGAUCAUCUGCUUCAUUAUGGUGAGCCCCCUGUGCGUUGUGCUGUUCCGCUUGCUCUUUCACUACUGCGUAUCUCAUAUCCUGAUUAUGGGAUCGUUGACCAAAUGAGCCGCCUAACACAUGAUGCUGACAACCAAGUUUCCCUAAACGCAAUCGUUGGCCUUGGACUUGUUGGCGCCGGCACAAACAACAGCCGAAUCGCGGGGCUUCUGCGUUUGCUCGCUGAGCAUGCGCGUGAGCCCUCGACACUCUUUGUUGUUCGUCUUGCUCAGGGCCUACUUCAUAUGGGGAAGGGACUCCUCACCAUAUCUCCCUUUCAUGCAGAUCGAACUCUCAUAUCCAAGGCCGCCAUGGGCUCCAUUCUGACAUUCCUACAUUGCUGCCUUGACAUGAAACAAACAAUACUGGACAAAAACCAUUAUCUUCUGUCUGAAACAGCGUACUAUAGAAUUCCCGGCGAGGGAAAGGGUACCAACGAUGUCUGAUCAUGCAGGUACCACCUUGCCUCUGCUAUGGCACCAAGAUUUUUAUUCACAGUUGAUGUCAAUCUCAACUUACUUCCUGUGUCUGUUCGUGUCGGGCAGGCAGUUGAGACUGUUGGUCAGGCAGGCAACCCCAAAACCAUAACCGGUUUUCAGACACACACUACUCCAGUCCUUCUUGGUGUUGAUGAUCGCGCUGAGCUUGCAUCCGAUGAGCUCUGUUCAAAAUCUCACAUUCUAGAGGGCGUUGUUAUUGUUGAGCCUGAGCAGAGUACACAAGGUGCCUUAGAGUGCAAGACCUAAAAGUUGUCAAUCCAAAUUAUGAAAUGGGUGCUUCCAGUGCCAAUGGAUCGAAAAUAUUGGGGAUUGUUCAACAACAACGGGCAGCUGCAAGUUGGCACCAAACGAUAAGGUGGGUCGACAUUAUCGCGAUUGGGCAAGCGACGAGCCUUCUCAGUUAGAGGGUUUGUCUACCGGCCCGAGGCUCGCCCUGGGGCCAGAAGUCUUUUCGACGCAGUAUUGAUGCAGGCUUGGAGGGGCGAAGGUCGGCUCUACUUCUCUGUGAGUUCUUGGUACUAGAGCUUUGGUUGCCACCGCCUACUUCCCUGAGUUUUGUUGCUUGGGUUCUUGUUGCUAGAAUGAUCUUUUUGUUAGAGCCAGGGGCGUCAAUGUGAGGUAAAACCGGGGCGAGUAGUAUACUUGUAAUAAAUUAGAGUCGAGGAUGGAGGACACGCAAUGGUCCACAUCACAGCGCUCGGCGCUUUUCGCCCGCACGCCGACAGCGCGAGUAGCGGCCGUACGCGGACGACUACCUUGACCGCAUCGUCAUGCCCCCUGGGGGGGCGCGCCGCCGACGAUCGGUCUAACUCAUCCAUUAUC